CUUUAGUGUUCUCCCUUCACUGAUAUUCUCCUUUAGUGAUGCGCCGUUUUCCGAGUCGAGCAGACGACGACGCUUGCUAAUCUCAACGGCGUCGCGACGCAAGUCCACGUGUUCUAACAUUUGGAUUAUUGAAAAACUCUAAUUAGAGCGAGACAGUCCUGGAUUAAUUUAAAGUUUCUAUGGUGGCGUCCUCUUGUUGUAAAGGAAAAUAAAUAAAAACGGACAGACUGGCUAUAAAGCAAAUCUAAAAGCUCUGCAAAUUGCUUGGCAAUAAGAAAUAAAAGUUUAUUAAGCCAUUUAGGCAUCGUUAAAAGUGUUUACAAUUCAACUAAUGCCAUAUUAAGUGCUACAGCACAUUUAACGUACGAAACUUAAAACUUUGCUGUGUGUAUUUAUUGUGUAGCACGAUGUUUUGGCUGCGAUUGAUUUGUCCAGUCUUGUUCUUCUUAGCUGAAGAAUCAUCGUCGUUGAAAUCGGUGAGGAUCCGAGUGCCGGAAGUAGUCAAAUCUGGUGAAACGGUGACGUUAUCGUGCGAAUACGAUCUCGAAGAGGUAGCUCUGUACACAAUCAAAUGGUAUUGGAAAGAUGUCGAGUUCUACCGUUUCGUCCCUAAAGAGUCUCCACCGUUUCGGGCGUUCACAAUGAAAUACAUUAACGUCGAUAUAUCCCGUUCCGGCCCGACACAGGUAACCCUCCGUGGGGUGCGUCGUGAGCUAACCGGCGACUACAAGUGCGAAGUCUCCGCCGACGGCCCUCUAUUUCACACCGAUAUCAAAGUGGCACACAUGAUAGUCGCAGAGCUGCCCAACGGUAAUCCCAUGAUGAAUAUCGAACAGACCAAGGUGGAGAUUGGGAAGAAGAUAAAAGCAGAUUGCUACUCGCCGGGGUCCGAUCCCCCCGCCAAUCUUACCUGGUUUAUCAACGACGAACAGGUUGUUGAAGAGACCGACAGUGUGAAACUCUUCCCCCUCGAAAUUGAAACUGAUGAAGCUUUGGGAUUACAUUCUGCCAAAUCACGAAUAGAGAUAACGACAAACAGGGCACAUUUCAUUUUGGGGUUUAUGGUAGUAAAAUGUGACGCGAAAAUUUAUUCACUCUGGCAUAGGGUUGUUGAAGAUCAUGUCAGAGACGAUACGCCCCAAUUAGCACCGGUUUUGGGAUCGACGUCGUCGCAGAGUCAAGUUGACGAGAUAAUAGAUGGGAAUGGAAGUGGGCAUCCCGGUCCCGAUGUGCUGUGUGUGGUAAACCUUCUUUUAUUCCUUGUAGUGUCACUGUUAAGAUAAUGAAAUCGUGAUUGGUAGAAAGUGAAGCGUGCCUAAAUUUUGUUUUGAUAUAUUUUUUAUAUGUUAUCCUAAAGUAACUUUAGUCGCAUCGAGUGUCAAAUUUCUAACCUGAACUUAGAUUAGAUUAGAAAUUUGUGACGUGUUGAUUGUUAAAAUACUUUGAGACGUUGUGGUUCCUUUUAUGAUUGUUGUUUUAUACCAUUAAUGGCAAUAAAAUGACGAAGAGAUUAUAUUACUUUAAGAAACGAAUAGAACUGUAAUAUAUUCUGUAUACAUAAAAUAUAAUUCUAGUAUGUACAAAAUGUGAUACUAUUUAGAAAAUAAGGUACCAUGUUAUUGUUAUAGUGGUAGAGUUUUUUAAUUUGUGGAUGAAAGACUAACCGAAAGCAACUUUCGAGAAACUUUUAUAGCAAUUUUCCGAUGGUCGUGCAAAAUAGGGGCAUGAUUAAGUGUUUACAUGAAGCGCUUUCAAAGUAAUAAUUUCAUUUGUGUAAUAACUGGUAAGGCAAUUUCUGUAAAUGUUGAGUUUGCUCUAGGUAAUAAAGUUUUGAACCCU